AGAAAAAAGAAAAGUGGGGGAAAUUUCCUGACAACGCGGGCCCACGUUGGACACGUGGCGCAAUUCGAUUUGUCUUCUUAUUUGUCACAUUAGCCGUACCCAAUAUUUUCUCGAUAAAUUUUGCCCUCGUCUCUCGCGCUCUUUGUUCAUCCGAUCAGAGCUGCAACAGCGGCAACGCGCGAUUCUCAUCGCCCCGACCGCUACGUACGAUCUCUCUCUCUCUAUCUCUCCGUGCAAUUGAGAUCUACAUGACUGCGGCGUGGCUCUUGACUCAAUAUUGCUUGUGUUGGGCUGGCCUGCUUGUUACUUUCCCGGCAUCCUACAGAUCAUUUGUUAUUGAAUAAACAUGGAUCGAAAAGACGGGCGGAUAAUCUUUGUCGAGCAAACAGGUCUAAUGCCUAAAACUUGUUUGACAGACUGCUCUCGACUCAAUAUUGCUUGUGUUGGGCUGGCCUUCUCGAUACUUUCCCGGCAUCCUACAGCAUCACUUUUCGUUGACUAAUCAUGGAUGGAAAAGACGGGCGCAAUAAUGACUCCGCUGACAAAGGGCUUUUCUCGGGCCUAGCUGGGUAUGCAGCUGGGCAAUACAUGCACCAUGGGUCAUAUCCUCCGCAUGGAUAUCCUCCCCAGGGGUAUCCUCCACAGGGGUAUCCUCCUCAGGGGUAUGCUCCACAGGGUUAUCCUCCUCAGGGGUAUCCUCCUCAGGGGUAUCCACCAGCUGGUUAUCCUCCGCCAGGUGGAUAUCCUCCUGCCGGUUAUCCUCCUCCACCUGCAGGUUAUCCAUCAGCUUAUCCACCACCUGGGGGAUAUCCACCAGCUGCUUAUCCGGGUCCAUCAGCUCCUCCAGUUCCAUAUCAUUCAGGGCAUGGUCCUGGUCCUGGUAUGGGAGCAAUGGUAGCUGGGGGCCUGGCUGCUGCAGCUGCUGCUUAUGGGGCACACCAAAUUUCUCAUGGCACUCAUCAUCUCGGACACGGGGCUUUCUUCGGCCAUCAUCAUGGAAAGUUUAAACAUGGAAAGUUCAAGCACGGGAAGUUUGGAAAGCGAUGGAAACAUGGCAUUUUUGGAAAGCACAAGGGCAAGUUCUUUAAAAGAUGGAAGUGAUUUUGAUUCAUCACAUCUGUCUUGCUAGGGGACACUAUUGUUGGCUUUUGACUGUUAUUCAUAUGAUCAAGUGGUUCUACUAAGAUCGAUUGUGUAAAUAGGUGGACCGUGUUUAAGUACUGAAAAUGCUUACUAUUGGUUGCUCUCGUUAAGAAAUUGGGUCUAGUCUUUUAACAAUGUCAAUUUGCUUAGUAUUUUGAGAUUCUUUUGAAUCACUAUUUGAUCAGCUUUUUGCAUGAUGAAGUUUAAGAGUUUUGCUUUUCA